AUGGUGGUGAGAACUGCAUCCGGAACGCUGGGCGGGGUGUCGAUGAAGCACCUCUCUCUGGUCACGUUGACAGUCCAGAACUCGGCCCUCAUUCUGAUCAUGCAUUACUCGAGAAUCAUGCCUUUGGCGGGAGGACAAAGAUACCACACAAGCACAAGCGUCUUCUUGAAUGAAGUGAUCAAGCUGGCCAUUAGCUUGACCAUGGCAAUGUACGAGAUGUCAAAAUUGCUUCCGUCGAAUACCACUAUCGCAACGCUCUCGCGCACCUUGACGACCGCUAUAUUCACCAAUGAAAGCUGGAAGCUUGCCGUGCCCGCCGUCAUAUACACUAUACAAAAUAAUCUUCAAUACUUGGCUGUCAGCAACUUGGAUGCAGCUACGUUCCAGGUCACUUAUCAGCUCAAGAUUCUGACGACAGCCAUCUUCAGCGUCCUGUUAUUAGGAAGAACACUUUCGGCACGAAAGUGGCUCUCUCUGCUGCUGCUCAUUGUCGGUGUAUCCAUUAUACAAGUACCCCAAGCAUUAUCGCAACCAGACGCACCAGCAACAGGAUCCACACCCUGGACAAAGACCCUUGAACAGCUUCACGGUCUUGGCAACAACGUCGCAGCACGAAUGGCGAAGCGAUCUGGAUCUUACGAGGGCAUUCACGAAGAUCGCGCGUCGCAAGUACCGCAUAUGGAUAGACGGGUGGGGCUCUUCGCUGUUCUGAUCUCCUGCGCACUGUCCGGCCUAGCAGGAGUGUUGUUUGAAAAGAUUCUGAAGGACUCGACAAGUGGCAAAACUACAACAUUGUGGGUGCGCAACUGCCAACUUUCCUUCUGGUCGCUGUUUCCGUCACUAUUCUUAGGUGUGAUUUGGAAGGAUGGAGAGAUCAUAGCAAAGACUGGGUUCUUCGUUGGCUACAACUGGGUGGUGUGGACUGCCAUCGGGUUCCAGGCAGCUGGUGGUGUAAUUGUCGCACUGGUCAUAAACUAUGCCGACAACAUUGCCAAGAAUUUUGCGACCUCCAUCUCCAUCCUUCUCAGCUGCAUUGCUAGCGUUUACUUUUUCGACUUCAAGGUGACGCAAUCAUUUUUCCUAGGAACAUGUAUCGUCUUAUUUGCGACCUAUCUUUACACAAAACCAGAGCGGGGGAUGCAGCAAUCGUCAGUGAAGAUUGCCGAUUUCCAGAAGACUACGGUUGAGCGGCCUUACGAAGACCGUGGGUACGACAAUGUACCACCCAGUCCGCCAAGUUUUGACAGGCCUCACAAGCCGUCACCUGGAUCGCCGACGAUAGAACGACACUCCCACAAACGAGAAGCUUGA